GUUUGAUAUAUGAAUCUCAAAUAAACCCCCGACUUGCAGUGCCGUGUCGCGGGUAGAGGGUCGCCGAGAGGAAGUGCAGAGUCGUCGCUCAGGCCAGUGUCUCUGAUCUCGCUCAAAAUUUUAGUUGAUCACCAUGUGUGACGAAGAUGCAAGUGCACUGGUAUGUGACAAUGGCUCCGGCCUCUGCAAGGCUGGCUUCGCCGGAGACGACGCCCCUCGUGCCGUCUUCCCCUCCAUCGUCGGCCGCCCCCGUCACCAGGGUGUGAUGGUCGGUAUGGGUCAGAAGGACGCCUACGUCGGCGAUGAGGCCCAGAGCAAGAGAGGUAUCCUCACCCUCAAAUACCCCAUCGAACACGGUAUCAUCACCAACUGGGACGACAUGGAAAAGGUUUGGCAUCAUACAUUCUACAAUGAACUCCGUGUUGCUCCUGAGGAAUCUCCCGUCCUCCUCACUGAGGCACCCCUCAACCCCAAGGCCAACCGUGAGAAGAUGACCCAGAUCAUGUUCGAGACCUUCAGCUGCCCCGCCAUGUACGUGGCCAUCCAGGCCGUGCUGUCCCUCUACGCCUCUGGUCGUACCACGGGUAUUGUUCUUGAUUCUGGUGAUGGCGUGACCCACACUGUCCCCAUCUACGAAGGUUAUGCUCUUCCUCAUGCUAUCCUACGUCUGGACUUGGCCGGCCGUGACCUGACAAACUACUUAAUGAAGAUUCUAACGGAACGUGGCUACUCCUUCACCACCACAGCUGAACGUGAGAUCGUCCGUGACAUCAAGGAGAAGCUUUGCUAUGUGGCUCUCGACUUUGAAAAUGAAAUGGCACAAGCAGCAGCAACUUCCUCGCUUGAAAAGUCCUACGAGCUUCCCGACGGUCAGGUCAUCACCAUCGGCAACGAGCGCUUCCGUGCCCCCGAAGCUCUGUUCCAGCCAUCUUUCCUCGGCAUGGAAUCUUCAGGAAUUCACGAAACUGUUUAUCACUCGAUUAUGAAGUGUGACGUCGACAUCAGGAAGGACCUGUACGCCAACACCGUCAUGUCUGGAGGCACCACCAUGUACCCUGGUAUUGCUGACCGUAUGCAGAAGGAAAUCACGAACUUGGCUCCCUCUACUAUCAAGAUCAAGAUCAUUGCUCCUCCUGAGCGUAAAUACUCCGUGUGGAUCGGCGGUUCCAUCCUGGCUUCCCUGUCCACCUUCCAGUCCAUGUGGAUCACCAAGGAGGAAUACGAUGAGUCCGGCCCUGGCAUUGUUCACCGCAAGUGCUUCUAAAUUCCAAAAUUCUACGGAUUUAUACGAUUUCUAAACCAAAUCAACACUUUUAUCCUGGUAAAUCCUGUGAACCCAUUGUUCUUUCAUAUUUACGUUAAGUAUAAAUCAUAAAUGUGUUAUUGUUUUUAUGAAAAUCUGAAUCAAGAUUAAUCUUAUUUUUUAUUAUCUUUUUUUAAACAUACAACAGAAUUGUGAGUAAAUAAAAUUGAAAGCGUAUUCUCAUUUAAAUAAAACUUUAAUGAUAUUUGAUAUCUUCAUUAAUUCAUGGCGACAGAAGACAUCACAUUUUGAUAUGUAAAAUUAUGCUUUUGAUUCAUAUUGUAUAUGAAAUUAUCAUAUCAGUAUGUACAGCCACUCUCUAAAGUGCCUCUAAUAUAUCAUGACUUUUAGAAACUUUGUCAGGCUAUCACUGGGAAAAUUGAUUAUGCUCAGCGAAACAUGGAAAGUUGUGUUUACAGCCUUAUAUAAAAGUUAUGAAUGUAUACGUUUGUACAGUCACGGUUAUCAACCGUUAUGUUCACGGUGUGCGUGUGUGUGUGUGUGUCACACACACACACACACACACACACACACACACACACACACACACACACACACACACACACACACACACACACACACACACACGCACGCACGCACACACACACACACCGUGUACAUAACAUUUUAUAUCUGUGACUGUACAAGCUUACAGAGAGACAGAUAGUCAGGCAGAAACAGAGAACGAGAGAUAGAACGUUAGUCUAUCUAUGUUAAUGCGUGUAUCCGCGUGUGGGAUAAGUCAGUAUGUGCGUGGAUCAACAUAAGUACCUACUUCCUAGCAGUUACAGUGUAUCACUUCCGAAUAUUACGAAUCAGUCACAGAAAACUUUUAGGGGUAACUGAAAUUUUCCUAGACUGAAAUAUAGAAAACGUGAAGUCAUCGUGUUCUUGCAUCAUAAGAUUAUAACUGCUAUCGUCCUCCUUGGCCUAUCUUGAACACUUAGUUUUACUAUUUUUACUAUUAUUAUUAGUAGUGAUAGUUGUUUCAUUAUUAUUAUCAUUAAUAUUGUUAUAAUUAUUAUUAUUACAAUUAUUAUUAUCAUUAUUAUUAUUAUUAUUUAUCCCAUUUAACACAAGCUGUGAUUUGCGAAUAUUUAUGAGAAUGUACAUAUACAUGCAAUAAAGUAUGUAUGUGUGUAUACGUAUGAAUAUGAACAUGCAUGUCAUCUAUGAACUUGAAUAAUAAUAUUGCAUAUUCAAACAUAAA